AUGUCAGACGAUGCUCCAGCAAGACUAGAAGGAUUAAACGAAGUCACUGGCGGAUUAAUCGUUCGUAGGAAAGAUUCUGAUUCAAAAAAGCACGAUGACGAUCACAAAUCCAUGCUAGGAUUGGACUCACUAGCAAGAAUCAAGAAAGACGAAUCCCGUAAAAGAAGAGCUGAAGAAGAUACUCCUGGUUCAGGACUAACUGCUAGUAUUCGUGGAAAAAUUGAAAAAUUCAAGGAUGAGAAGUACCGAGGAGAUAAACGUGGAAUAGUAGCUGACACUAGAAAAGAUAACAGAUAUGACAAAGAUAAAGACCGUUACCGAGACCGUGAUCGUCGAGACCGGGACCGUGAUAGAGGCAGAGAUAGAUAUGAUAGAAGCGAGCGCAGAGAUCGGGAUAGUUCGAGAAGGAAUAGAGAUCGAGGUGAUGAAACUCCAGAUUUCCGAGUUCCUGACACUCCUUCCCGGUCUACCUGGGAAUUAGAAGGCGGUAGACGAUCCAAGACUGAGUGGGACACUCCUUCCCCAUAUGUGCGAAGAGGAAAUGAUACAGAAAGGAGUGUAUCUAGUGUUUAUCGAAGUGAACGAAGACGUUACGAAGAAGAACGACGUAGAAAACGAAAUUUGCCUGAAGAUAGUAUCAGAUCUAUGAAAGAAGACUUAUCAGAGCCGUUUUUCAAAGAUGAAUUUGAACAGAAAGAAUGGGAAGCUGACCAGAAGAUGCUGGACCGUGAAUGGUACGAUAACGACGGUGCAUUUGAUGACGAAUACAACCCCUUCAAUAAAGUAAGUGAAGAGUUCGUUGAGAAACGAGAGAAGCAGUGGCUUGAGAAAACGAAUAAGCCUCGUUUAACAGUUCGUCAGCAACAAAUCAAAAGAGACAACGAAAUGUGGGAAAGUAAUAGACUUCAUCGAUCAGGAGUCGUCAUAUCCAUGGAUGAGGCUAUCAUUGAAGACGAAACAGAUGAAAAUCGCGUCCAUCUUCUCGUACACAACAUAGUACCUCCAUUCUUGGAUGGGAGAAUUGUUUUCACAAAGCAAUCCAAACCUGUCAUCCCAGUAGUGGAUACUACUUGUGAUAUGGCAGUCACUGCUUCCAGAGGAAGCAAAGUUGUAAAACAGUUCAGAGAAUCUGAAGAACGCAAAAAGGCGCAAGAUAAGCAUUGGGAGUUGGCCGGCAGUAAUUUGGGUAAUCUUAUGGGUAUCAGAGAAAAACAGGAGGAGCGAGAGCCCGAUGAAGAUGCAUCUAAUUUCAAGGAAUCCCAUCAGUUUGCUUCACAUAUGGGAGAUAAUGAGGCUGUUUCUGAUUUUGCCAUGGAAAAGACCCUCAAGCAACAAAGAGAAUAUUUACCUGUGUUUGCUUGUCGACAGAAGAUGAUGAGUAUCAUUAGAGAAAAUAACGUUGUUAUUGUUGUCGGAGAAACCGGAUCCGGAAAAACUACUCAGUUAGCUCAAUAUCUUUUAGAAGAUGGUUUCGGGGACACAGGAUUGAUUGGAUGUACACAACCUCGUCGUGUUGCUGCCAUGAGUGUAGCUAAACGUGUAGCCGAAGAAAUGGGUGUUGAACUUGGCCAGGAAUGUGGUUAUGCUAUUCGUUUCGAAGAUUGUACAUCAGACAAAACGAUUGUUAAAUACAUGACUGAUGGUAUAUUAUUGAGAGAAUGUUUGGGUGAUGGUGAUCUUGAUCAGUACUCAGCUAUCAUCAUGGACGAAGCUCAUGAAAGGUCAUUGAAUACUGAUGUGCUUUUUGGUCUUCUCAGGGAUGUUGUAGCCAGAAGAUCUGAUUUGAAACUCAUUGUUACUUCGGCUACUAUGGAUGCUGAGAAGUUUGCGAUGUUCUUUGGUGGUAAUUGCCCCGUCUUCAAUAUUCCUGGACGUACUUUCCCUGUCGAGAUUUUCCAUGCUCGAACACCUGUUGAAGAUUAUGUGGAUGCCGCUGUCAAACAAGCUAUCACAAUUCAUUUGGGUGGAAUGGAUGGGGAUCUUCUCAUUUUCAUGCCUGGACAAGAAGACAUUGAGAUUACUUGUGCGUUGAUAAAGCAGAGACUAGAAGAAUUGGAUGAAGCUCCACCUUUGGCUGUUUUACCUAUUUAUUCUCAGUUGCCUAGUGAUCUUCAGGCCAAAAUUUUCCAAAGAGCGCCAGGAGGAAUGAGAAAAACAAUUGUUGCUACUAAUAUUGCUGAAACUUCUUUAACAGUAGACGGAAUCCUUUUCGUUAUAGACCCUGGAUUCUGUAAGUUGAAAGUCUUCAAUCCCCGAAUUGGUAUGGACGCUCUACAGGUUUUCCCAGUUUCACAAGCUUCUGCGAAUCAAAGAUCCGGUCGUGCUGGUCGUACUGGUCCUGGACAAUGUUUCCGUUUGUACACAGAACGACAAUUCAAAGAUGAGCUAUUGGUAUCAACUGUUCCUGAAAUCCAAAGAACUAAUCUGGCUAAUGUUGUACUUCUACUCAAAUCUCUUGGUGUAGACGAUUUAUUGAAAUUCCAUUUCAUGGAUGCCCCACCUCAGGACAAUAUGCUUAACUCUAUGUAUCAGCUGUGGACCUUAGGUGCAUUGGACAACACAGGACAGCUUACUCCUCUUGGUCGAAAAAUGGUAGAAUUCCCUCUAGAUCCUACUUUAUCAAAGAUGUUAAUCGUUUCUGAGAACAUGGGAUGCAGUGAUGAAGUACUCACAAUCGUAUCUAUGCUGUCUGUACCAGCUAUUUUCUUCCGUCCAAAAGGAAAAGAGGAAGAAGCUGAUUCCAAAAAAGAGAAAUUCCAAGUACCUGAGUCAGAUCAUCUUACAUUCCUCAAUGUAUAUUUACAAUGGAGACAACAUAAGUAUUCAGCUAAAUGGUGUGCUGAUAACUAUUUACACGUCAAAGCACUGAAGAAGGUGCGCGAAGUUCGUGCUCAACUGAAAGAGAUUAUGCAAGAACAAAAAAUAAAAAUGGUGUCAACCGGUAGCGACUGGGAUGUGAUACGAAAAUGUAUCAGCUCCGCUUAUUUCCACAAUGCUGGAAGACUGAAAGGUGUCGGAGAAUAUGUUAACGUCAGAACUGGAAUACCAUGCUUCUUGCAUCCAACAUCAGCACUGUUCGGUAUGGGUUUCAUGCCCGAUUAUGUCGUGUAUCACGAACUGAUUAUGACGGCCAAAGAAUACAUGCAGUGUGUGACUGCUGUAGAUGCUGUAUGGUUAGCUGAACAGGGUCCUAUGUUCUAUUCUGUUAAGGAAUCUCUAUCAUCUAAAACAAUGAGACAUGAGAAGAGAAUGGAAAGCGUUAGGACUGUUGAAAGUAUGGAAGCUGAGAUGCGAGAAGCUCAACAAGAGAUGCUACGUAGAAAGGAACAAUCAGAAAGAGAAUUCAAAAGACCUGAUAGUGUGCAGUUAGUCGAUUUCGGACGUUCCGUCAGGUCGAAACGUUUUGGAAUGUAA